UCCCGGAGGAGGCGGGACUUCCGGGCGCUCUUAACUUCCCGCUGCUUCCCGAGAGAAGCCACCGCCACCGGCGCCGCCUGGUCCUCCGCUGCUCGGCCUCGCUCUCCUCCUUCCUCGGGGUCCCAUGGAGGCUCUUCUGCCGCUCCAGCUGCUGCUCCUGCUCCUGGUGGGGUUGGCGCCUCGACCGGGCCGCGCCUCCGACGUCCUCGAGCUCAGCGACGACGACUUCGACAGCGGCCUGGCCGACCGCAGCGUCGCCCUCGUCGAGUUCUACGCCCCGUGGUGCGGCCACUGCAAACGCCUGGCCCCCGAGUACGAGUCGGCUGCCACCCGGCUGAAGGGCAUCGUCCCGCUUGUGAAGGUGGACUGCACUGCAAAUUCAAACACUUGCAACAAGUACGGCGUGAGCGGCUACCCGACCCUCAAGAUCUUCAGGAACGGGGAGGAGUCCGGGACGUACGACGGGCCGCGGACGGCGGAUGGAAUUGUGAGCCACCUCAAGAAGCAGGCUGGUCCGGCCUCGGUUGCUCUGCGCUCCGAUACCUUUGAGAAGUUCAUCAGCGAGAAGGAUGCUGCCGUUGUGGGCUUCUUUAAGGAGCUCUUUGGUGAGGCUCACUCAGAGUUCAUGAAAGCUGCAAGCAACCUGAGGGACCAUUACCGCUUUGGACACACCAGUGACGAAGAGCUAAUCAAGCAGUAUGAGCCAGAUGGCGAGGGGAUCUUCCUAUUCCGCCCCCUACAUCUGGCAAACAAAUUUGAGGACAACUCGGUGCGAUACACAGAAGACAAGAUUACCACUGGCAAGAUCAAGAAGUUCCUUCAGGAGAACAUAUUUGGUCUCUGCCCCCAUAUGACUGAAGACAACAAGGAGCUGAUCCAAGGGAAGGACCUCCUGGUGGCUUAUUAUGACGUGGACUAUGAAAAGAAUCCCAAAGGUUCAAACUACUGGCGCAACAGAGUGAUGAAGGUGGCACGGAGUUUCCUGGAUGCUGGACACAAACUCAGCUUUGCCGUUGCUAGUCGGAAGACCUUUGGCCAUGAGCUCUCCGAGUUUGGCUUGGAUGGCUCCACUGGUGAUGUCCCUGUUGUUGCCAUCAGGACUGCCAAAGGGCAGAAAUAUGUCAUGCAAGAGGAGUUUUCCCGUGAUGGGAAAGCCUUGGAAAGAUUUCUUCAGGAUUAUUUUGAUGGGAACCUGAAAAGAUACCUGAAAUCUGAGCCCAUCCCAGAGAACAACGAGGGGCCCGUGAAGGUGGUUGUAGCUGAGAACUUUGAUGAAAUUGUCAAUGCAGAAGACAAAGACGUCCUUGUGGAGUUCUAUGCACCUUGGUGUGGACACUGCAAGAACCUGGAACCCAAGUACAAGGAACUGGGGGAGAAGCUCAGUCAAGACCCUAACAUCAUCAUAGCCAAGAUGGAUGCCACAGCCAAUGAUGUGCCUUCUCCCUAUGAAGUCCGAGGGUUCCCCACUAUUUAUUUUGCUCCUGCGGGUAGCAAGCAGAAUCCAAAGAAAUAUGAGGGGGGCCGUGAGGUGAGUGACUUUGUCAGUUACUUGAAGCGGGAGGCCACCUAUCCGCCCAUCCUGCAAGAGGAUGAGAAGCCGAAGAAGAAGAAGAAGGCACCCAAGGAAGACCUGUGAGAUGGGGGCCUUGCUAUGGUGACCACCUUGUCCGCAGCGGAGCCCAGCGGCCACUGAGCGCGGAGGCCGGGGCCCUUGCGCGCAGCCUCUUCCGUCCUUGGAAAGCAAAGCAGCAGCUGGGAGGUGGGCGCAGGAGAGCCAUAGGUGCCAAUGCCGCUGCCACCGCUGCUCAAGUUUUGGCCCCCCUCGCCUCUUAGCUGCACUUGCUGUGGGUGCCCUGGACUGGUUAAUGUUUGUGGGUGGGGAGGGCUUGUUUUCUAAUUUUUUGUACAUUUUGAGGAGUGAAUCAAUAAAUUGCCCCUUAGGCCCCCA